GAAGGCGCCAGAAGUUUGCAUUCUCUUUGUCAUUUGGCAUAUAGUGUGUGGAAUUGUGGUUGGAUAUUAAACUUGUUUUAACCAAUUUGCUUGAGAUAUAGAUAAAGAGGAGUCUACUCGAAUAACACAGGAAAGUAGCAUACCACCGUAAUAAGAAUUGUCAAUAAUCAUGUACGUAAGCAAUUUGGCCGAUCCUUUUUGCCGUGUGUGUCGCGAUGGUGAUCCUUACACCGUUCAUGACGAACUAUUAAUGCCCUGUGAGUGCACUGAGGAGACGCAGUUUGUUCAUAAAUUGUGCUUACUUAAGUGUGAACGUUUGAAAUGCGAUGACGAAAAGGGUUAUUGCGAGUUUUGUGGUGCAAAUUAUAUAACGACACAGACGGAGAAAUCAUUAUUUUUGGUCAAAUUUGAAAAGGUCACUCACUAUUUAGUAGAGUUAUAUACAUUUUUAAUUCAGGUUAUGGCAGUAUGCAACUUUCUGUCGAUGGUGAGUGUUAUUGCUUUGGCCCUACAAAGGCGUGAGGAACUUCAAUUCACAACAAGAAAAAUGUUGUUGUGGUUUGCAAAGAUCAUUGUGGUAUACUUGGAACUAGGAUCAUAUGAAAAUAUGUUGGGACUUGCAUUAUACAAGCUAAAGUUCAUUAGAGAGAAAAUGCCGACAGUUGAAAAAUAUUUAUUCAUAUAUAAUAUUUUCAAGGGCGGACAUAUGCGUAAUGUAAUAUAUGUUCUUAAAGAAUCACUUAUCAAUUUGAAUAUUGGUAUAUUAUUUAUAAUAUUCUUCACAACACCGCUAACACAGUAUGCAGGAUCAUUAUUUUUCUCCGAGUAUAACGAUUUUUUUAAGUUGUUAGCUGGCGUUGCUUUUUAUAAUACAUUAAAGACGAUUUAUUUCUUUAGUCUUAAAUAUUUACAAGUUCAGUAUAUCCUAAAGGCUAAAUAUGAAAUUUAUAUAUAAUUACUUAAUUGCGUAAUUAUUUUUA